AAGAGAACAUUCCAAACUCUACGAAUCAGCCACAGUACGGACCUGGGCAUGAUUUUCGGAAUCAUUCACAGCAAAUUUGCACACCUGCAAGCAAUGCAGAAACACACAACCUGACAGCAUGUGAACAACCUGAUAAUAGUCAUGAGUGCUUGCAGGCAGGUGGUGUCAUGAUCCAACAUGAUCCAGUAUCACCACAGUGCUCUGGGUUAUCUGGACCUGAAUCCAGGAAUGGUUCUGAACAAUUUCCUCUCACGGAGCCUGAUAGAUUUAAUAUCGCAGAGGAAAGUUCCCCAGAUCAGAAGAAGAUGCUGCAAAAUAAACCAACUUUGCAGAUGAAUUCACCAGAGGAUGGCAAAGCAGUUUGUAAACUCAGCAAUGUCUUGUUGGAGACAUCCAGCUCAGCAGAAGCACCACAGUGUAAUCAACCAUUUGUCAGAGGGAUGAGUGGUUCACAAGAUUCUAGGAAUCAAAACAUUCCAGAACACACACAGGAAGUAACACAUGGACAAAGUUUACUAACAUUCUCACAAGAGAAAAAUAUGAAUACCAUCGGAAGUCCAGAGAUUUCACCGCCCAAAGAGUUCAUACAGAUGCCCAAUACUGCAAAUCUACCUGUGCCUACAGGGAUAUCACCGUCUUUAAACAACAUUGGUGGUCAUGGGCCCAGUUGGUGUGAUGAAUUAUACCCAGUAGAUGUACAGUGUCCAAACUCAGAUGAAGAAGAAAGCCCCCCAGAAUAUCAGGAAGUAGAAGAGUUUAAUAAUGUGCCAAUAAAUGUUUCUAAUGAAACAACCAGUCAGUGUCAAGCUAAAACAGAGAUUGGAAACAUCGGCCCCAAAACCAGCUGUGCUGCAUCAGAAAAUCAUAAGCCCUCAGUGGUUACCGGUGAUAAAGCACUACCGUUUCAAACACCAAAACUGAUAGAUACACAAAUACCGGUACAGUCAGACCUUGUCCCAGCACCAGCACCCCCGGGCACUUAUAAUGCUGCCAAUGGUCUGGGCAUAAAUUUAACCAAAAGCUCUGUUGCAAGUGAUGGUAGUGGAAGCUCAGUUAAGUCUAUUGCUCUGCCUGAUUCUAACAGUGACAAAGCCAGUAAAGCAGACGAUUGGCUGCAAGAAAAGGGUGAAAAUUUGCCACGGACCAGCACUGUGGAGUGUGUAAAGAGCCCACAGCAGGCCUCGAUAGACAUUUCAGCAGUGAAUGAAGUGGAGACAGUGUUGGGGCCUGAACUACAGAACAAGCAAUCCGUAGAUAAGCCAGUGCUUCACACCCUUGAAGCCAAAGUCAACAGCAGUGCAGAAUGUGAGCCAUCUCUUCCCCUGGAGUUAACAGCUAGUGCCAAACCACUGGCGACCAAAGAGCCAAACAAACCACUGGACACCAAACGCCCAGUUCACUCUAUGUCCGCCUUUUGGAAGGAAAUGGAAAAGCUGACCAUUAAUGACAUAUUAUAUCUGAGGUCAUCCAGCAAUGCCCCCAGGGUCUUGCCACGGGACAGUGCCCCGAGAGACACAUCAGAUGCUGGGGACUCUGGCAACUCCUCCCAUCUGGAGGACUCCAGGCUUGACCGCUCAUGUGUGGACAUGUCUACCAUUCCGGAAUUUGAGGAAGAACGCUCGCUGUCCCACAGUGCCAGUGUGAAAUCCAGCCUGGACCCCAAGGAAGCCAAAAAACCAGGUCAAAGGUCACUUGGGUCGUGCAACUCCAGAGGGGUAUUGUGGGAAAGCGAGUUACACCCCGUUGGCCCAGGAAUGGACGAUGGCACCCAUGAGACGCCGACGCUGUACCCUGGAGACACCAUCACCCCACCUUUCCUUUCGGACAAGGCCCAUCAGGGCUUAAGGAGGAUGUGCAAGAAUGUAAGUGUGCAGAAUCUACGAGCUCUGGAGGCUGAACCACGUGUCACAAGCGCCUCCCUGGUCACUACUACUACCACUACUGAGGAGGAAGUUCUCCGGGAGUCCAGUGGCACCUUUCAAAGGCCUAAAGAAAAGUGCACUUCAGUGCCUCUGGAAAGCAGAAGUGCUAGGAAAAGCUCAGUAGAAUCUUCUCUCCCAGGGGAUGGGGCUACAACAGGGGGUUAUGGGAUGCCUUUCCGUGAAAUCUUUGGAUAUUUCUUUGGCGCUAGCGAGGCUGGGGUUGGCCAGGCGGACACAUCGCACACGGAGGCACCCGCAGGUGACGGAGGUUCGGUCCCCGAGACGUACGACCACUUCUUCUCCGAGUUCGAGACGGGAAAUUUUUUCUUUCCGUUAAUCCGGGGGACGGGUGGCGAGCAGACCGAGUCGGUUGCCGUGAUAUCCUACACGAGCUCCUCCGACAGAAACCUCCAGUUCCCCGAGGCUUACGAUUACUUCUUCCCCGACAGUUCGUCCAGUGAUUCUGACGACAAGGAAGACAGCGACGACGAUCAGGGACCCAUCAGGGUGGUCACGCGCUUCGACAAGGGUGCCGGUGAGCCCCCCGUGGACACUGCAGAGGCUCCAGACAUGUACGAACACUUCUUCGCGAGCAGUGACUGGGGAGAGAGUCUUUUCUGGAGAAACCCUCUCUCUCUGAGACGAAUGCGCUUCACGGGCACGACCGGCUCAAAUGAAGGGCCCGCCUCCCGUGUGCUGGUAACCGUGGUUCAGAUGGGGAGGUCAGUCGUCAGCACCAUCUUCACGGACGGUGCUGGGGAUUUUCACGGAGCUGUCAGCCCUCAGAGACCUCUAUACUGCCUAGAAGAGCAGAUCUUUAGAGAGCUGGAAGAGCAGCAAAGAAGAUAUACCGAUCUUCAGACGGCCGUUGCUGUUCCAAUGACUACAGACACCCCUCUCCUGCCCCUCAGACAGUCAGAUAUGUGUUUGAUCUGCAUUUCUUUUGCCUCUUGGGUGCUGAAGACAGCCAACCCACACGAUUCCGACACCUGGAAAGCAGCUCUGUUGGCAAACAUUAGCGCGCUCUCUGCCAUCCGAUACCUGCGGAGGUACGUCAGGGACGCAGGGAAGGAAGCGUGAUGUCGAUUACCUGCGGUUGCUCCGGGGUGCGUCACGUGGACCAGCAAGCCUGUCUGCAUUGCUCAGCUCUGCUUCCUCCCCAAGCGCAACCCGAAAACAAAUCACCUUCAUCUGUUCGCCUGCACGGACGUCCUGCCGGUAGCCGAUGUCCCUUUCCUAACGAGAAAUGAAAAUGGCUGUUGUGCAUUGUGUUUGUUUUGUUUUUUGUUUUUUUUUUGUAAUAGUUCAGAGCGGCUCACCCUGCGCUUUGCGAGGUAGCUUCCAUGACAAAAGUAAUGCUUUUGUGAGUGAAGUUAGACUAAAGAAAGAACAUUUUAUGUUUUACAACAUUUUUGACAAAUGUUAUUUGAUCCUUUCGUGUUCGUUCCAUACGAGCCCUCUGUCGCCCCCUGUAUGGCUGAAACUGACCAAAAUCAACAAUUUGUUCUAAAACAUUGUAUCAUGUUCAAAUGUUGCACAAAAAGAAAGGUGCUGGUUAUUUAUAUUUUUAUAUUUAAAAAUAACACGUGUCGAAAAUGUCACAUUUGAGAAGACAUAGGAAAGUAUUAAGAAAGAGCAAUAAUGUUAGUGUUGAGUAUGUGGGAACUUGUGAAGCUUUUCAAAAGAGAAGGAGCAUUUGUGCAGUAGAAAUGAAAAAAGUUGACAGUUGAGACAAAUUUGCGGCAGAAUUCCAAUGGUAAUGUAGCACGUAGCUACUGUACCAAACAAGCGGGGGCUGCACAUGAUUUGUGUUUCAGAAAAAAAGAGGUUAGGAUACAGUUGAAUAAAUGAGGGAUACUGAAGAGAUGCAGUUGGGUGUAAUUUUACACAGAUAGAUAUUUUAGUAGGUCAAACAGUAUGAAUGGAUAUGCAGUAUUAUUUCAUUAAAAUAAUGAAUGAGCACUGAAUUUAAAUUAUUUGUAAAUACCCCUUAUGUUUUUUUAGUUGUAAAUAAUUAUAUUAUAAAUGAUAUGUUAAUUAUUUAUGAAUGCAAGGCAGCAUUUGCAGGAAACUGACUGCCUUUUUUGAGUGAGUAAUAAUUUCAUAGAUUUGCCUGUGUGGAGUACUGUGUUAUAGGAGUUUGUGCCUUCGGUAUGUGCACAAUGAAACCAAUUAGACGUCAUUGCAUUGGUGGUUUUAUUUGUAAUAUUGUACAUAUGAGUAAUAACAUCAAAUGAUGUAUAUUAUUAAAAGAGAGUUGAACCCUC